AUGCCGUUGACCCUGUUGCAGGAUUGGUGUAGGGGGGAACAUCUGAACACCCAGAGGUCCAUGCUCAUCCUGGGGAUUCCUGAGGACUGUGAUGAGGAUGAGUUUGAGGAGACUCUUCAGGAGGCUCUUAGACACCUGGGCAGGUAUAGUGUCAUUGGUAGGAUGUUUAGGAGGGAGGAGAAUGCUCAAGCAUUUCUCCUGGAGCUUGCCCAAGAUAUCGACUAUGCUUUGAUCCUCAGGGAAACACCAGGAAAGGGAAGGCCUUGGGAAGUGGUGGUAAAACCUAACUCAGAUGGUGAAUUUCUCAAUAGACUGAACCACUUCUUAGAGGAGAGGCGGACAGUGUCAGACAUGUACAGAGUCCUUGGAUCAGACAUCAAUUGACCCACUCCCAGAGUGGCCAUAUCACCUGAUUUCUGGACUUGGGCCCAGACCCUGGGGGCAGUAGUGCAGCCUCUGCUAGAACAAAUGUUCUACCAAGAACUAAGAGUGUUUUCUGGGAGCACUGCCAUCCCAGGGGCGUUGGCCUUUGAAGCCUGGCUUGAGCACACCACUGAGGUGCUACAGAUGUGGCAGGUACCUGAGGGGGAAAAGAGGCGGAGGUUGAUGGAAUGCUUGCCGGGGCCUGCUCUGCAGGUGGUCAGGGGGCUCCGUGCCCACAAUGCUGCCAUAACUGUGGAGGAGUGCCUGGCAUCCCUGCAACAGGUGUUUGGACCUGUGGAGAGCCGUAAAAUUGCCCAUGUGAAGUUUUCUAAGGCCUACCAAGAGGCAGGGGAGAAACUCUCUCGUUUCGUGUUACAGUUGGAACGCCUGCUCCAAAGAGCUGUAGAAAAUGCGGUAUCACGAAGGAAUGUGAAUCAGACUCGCCGGGAACAAGUCUUAAGUGGUGCCAACCUUACUGACAAACUUCGAGACAGGUUUAAGCUGAUGAAACAGUGAAGGAAACCUCCUGGUUUCUUGGCACUGGUGAAGCUGCUGCGUGCGGAGGAGGAAUGAGAGGCUACGGUAGGUCUUGAGAGGGAGAGUCUGGAUGGCUUUGAAGCAGGCAUAAGGUCACCUGCCAGAGCCAGUGGUUUCCGAGCAGUGUCUUUUCCUGGCCCUGGCAACAUUCUACAGGCCAGGCCUUCCCAAAGUUCCCGGCAUAGGAGGGGCAGAGGCCAACACCGCAGGAGGUGUGUGCCAAGGGCUGACUCUCGAAGUUUAGGAAAAUAGAAACACCACAUAUUCUGCUAUAGUUGUGGAGAAAAUGGCCACAUCAGCGCACAAUGUAGCAACCCUCCAAACCUUCUCUUGGUAAAGCAGAUGAGACAGGCUGCAAUAGAGUCCGGAAAUGGUGACUGGACCUGGGGAAAGAGCCAUCCCAAGCCCAAGGCUAAAUAG